GACCCAUCAUAUCAGCGCUGCGUACCGCCGCAGAUACCGAUUACCGAAUUACUGUUAUCUGCAUUCUGCAUUUCCUGCUCUGACUUUCAAACUGUUGUGCCGGCUUGACUACGUUGCCGACUCUUAUUUUUAUUUGGUUUUUGACAAAUUAAAACGAUGACAAGAUACGCUUACAAAUGUUGUGUGGUUGGGUGUUCUUCAACAGGCACAUCAUCACACCGAUUUCCAAAUCCCAAUAGGAAUAAAGAGUGUUUUGAUAAAUGGGUAGAAAUUGUAGGAGUCAAUCUGAAGUCUCUCGAUCCAUCAACUAUUAAUGAAAAAAAACGCGUUUGUUCAAUUCAUUUUUUAAACAAUGAUAUAAGUCCAGGGACCAAUAAACUUAAAUGUUUUGUUGUCCCUAGUUUAAAUUUACCUGUUCCUAGUGCUUGCAGUGUAAAAACACCAGAACCGUCCACUUCUUAUAGUGAACCUAUUCAGUACGCAUCACNUCUACAGUAA